GCCCGGCGCGUGAUUAUGUGCGUAGGCUGCGCCGCGCUACACAGGAGGCGGAAGUGGGGCUCUUCGCAGAAAGAUGGCGCUGGCCGUAUUUUUCGGCUGCACUUUUGUGGCCUUCGGGCCGGCUUUGUCCCUGUUUAUCCUCACUAUCGCCGUGGACCCGCUGAAAGUCAUCAUUCUAGUGGCCGGCUCUUUCUUCUGGCUGGUGUCUGUUUUACUGUCCUCCUUGAUUUGGUUCAUCUCCGUCCAGAUCAGCAACAAGAAUGACGCCAACCUGCAGUACGGGCUCUUGAUAUUUGGCGCGGCCAUUUCUGUUCUGCUACAGGAGACUUUCAGAUAUGCCUACUAUCGGUUACUCAAGAAAGCAGAUGAGGGUCUUGCUACGAUCAGUGAGGACGGAAGAUCUCCAAUAUCCAUCCAGCAGAUGGCCUAUGUUUCUGGCUUCUCCUUCGGGAUAAUCAGCGGGGUGUUCUCUGUCAUUAAUAUACUGGCGGAUGCUAUUGGGCCCGGCAUUGUGGGAGUACAUGGCGACUCGCAGUAUUACUUUCUUACUUCAGCAUUCCUUACCAUGGCCAUCGUGUUCCUGCACACCUUCUGGGGCAUUGUGUUCUUCGCAGCCUGUGAGAAGCGGAAGCCUCUGCACAUCGUAGGAGUGGUCCUCAGUCACCUGGUCACUUCCGGUCUGACUUUUCUAAACCCAAUGUAUGAAGCCAGUCUGAUUCCAAUUUACAUAAUCACCCUCGGUAUGGCAUUGUGGGCUUUUGUGGCUGCAGGGGGCAACUAUCGCAACAUCCGAAAAUGCCUUGCUUGCAGACGGCAAGAAAGUAACCAGGUUAUGGUAUAUUCUGCUCUUCAGGUGCCCGCUGAAGACUGAUGCCCCAGCUCAGCUGCCGUGCAGCCACGAACAGACAUUGUAUAACAGAGACACAGUCCAAGUGCUCCUCUCUCCCAGAAGCCGGCUCACAUUCCUCUGCCUCUCCGGACGAAAUAAAGGACAUUAUUCCUUCUCGUUUAUUUGCCUCCUUUCGUCUUAACGUGCCGGCGCUGGGGCCUACUCAGGCUGCGCAGAGCAAUCUGGCAUUGCUCGCACACUCAACCAAGUACAAUAGCAGAACUCUGGAACACACACAUGUGCCGUUCUUGAGCAGAACCUUCAAUAACACAAAACACUGUACAUUGGACCCCUAAUUUAUUUCUACUGGUUCAUUCCAGAUUUUAUUCUCGGCCAGUUGGGAAUUUGUCUGUUCGACAUCCGACUGAGAGUUGCUUUCCUGUUCUGCACUGGCUGAGAGUUUUCUCUUCCAUUCGGCUGAGAGUUUCCUGUCUGUUUGACGUCGGCUGAGAGUUUCCUGUCUGUUCGACGUCAACUGAGAGUUUCCUGUCCGACGUCAACUGAGAGUUUCCUGUCUGUUCGACGUCAACUGAGCGUUUCCUGUCUGUUCGACGUCAACUGAGAGUUUCCUGUCCGACGUCAACUGAGAGUUUCCUGUCUGUUCGACGUCAACUGAGAGUUUCCUGUCUGUUCGACGUCUACUGAGAGUUUCCUGUCUGUUCGACGUCAACUGAGAGUUUCCUGUCUGUUCGACGUCAACUGAGAGUUUCCUGUCUGUUCGACGUCAGCUGAGAGUUUCCUGUCUGUUCGACGUCAGCUGAGAGUUUCCUGUCCGACGUCAACUGAGAGUUUCCUGUCUGUUCAGCAUCAACUGAGCAUUUCCUUUCUGUUCAAGUACAGCUGAGAGUUUCCUGUCUGACGUCUGCUGAGAGUUUCCUGUCUGUUUGACGUCUGCUGAGAGUUUCCUGUCUGUUCGACGUCCGCUGAGAGUUUCCUGUCUGUUCGACGUCCGCUGAGAGUUUCCCGUCUGUUCAUCUGAGAGUUUCCUGUCUGUUCGACGUUCAUCUGAGAGUUUCCUGUCUUUUCGACGUUCAGCUGAGAGUUUCCUGUCUGUUCGACGUACAGCUGAGAGUUUCCUGUCUGUUCGACGUACAGCUGAGAGUUUCCUGUCUGUACGGCAUUAACUGAGCGUUUCCUAUCUGUUUCGCAUCCGAUGAAAGUUUCCUGUCUGUUCAACAUCACCUGAAAGUUUCAUCUCUGUUUGACAUCAGUCUGAGAGUUGCUUUGCUGAUUGAGUACCGCUGAUACAGCUGAGUGGCACUUGCUAUUGGACUUUACCUCUGGAUAUGGAAUGGAUUGUGUUGCCUUCCUUUCAGCUUUUACAUCCAGAACAGUCCAAGAUGAGACUGUUCCUCAGGUAGAGAGGACACAGCUGCUCUGCUUUUUCUUUUUUUAAUCCUACCCUUCGACCUGAUCCCUUACAGCAAAUGUCUACACUGGGCUCCCUGCAGCCAUUGUGGAAGGAGGGACUCGUCAAUGAAAUGUGUUUUGAUUGGUCGGACUAAUCGGUAAUCUGCAUACCAAUAUCCUCCAGCCCCUCUCAAAUGAAAUGUGUGGCUUUAACAUGAUUUCUAUUCGUUAUGACUGCAGUUGGUUAACCCUUCAUGCAAUACGUGGGAAGUCCUUACUCACAGGCCACGUCCUUCUAUUUGUUCCAAAUGAAAGCGUUUUCGUCUGAUUCACAUUUGAACAGAUGAACGGAAUCAAUUGUUGGCUAAUAAACUGAAAACUAACCUUUAAUGAAAAAAAUACUAAAUAUCUUUUUUUAAUCUACAAGCAGGUUUUGUGGUUGGCCAGUCUGCCUGUGUACAAAUACCUAUGGCAGCUCCUCAUCUCCUGCAUUGGGCUUUAUACACGUACCCCAGGGAAACAGGAGAACCAGUGGGGAUACGUCACAUACUCCAUUCGAGUUACUCAGAUAUUGAUUUUAGUUGCUACAGAUGUGCUAAGCUAUUGGCAGCUUUGAAUUUUCCUCUGAAAACUCCUCCAUACGGAUUGUGCUUUCUGUUCUGUAGUCUCAAUUAUAAAUUGUGAGCUGUGCUCAGCCCUGACUGACAGGUGCCUCUUUCUGUUUUGUAAAGAGAUCAGAGUGUGCAAAAUAUUAGAAAGUCCCAGCCCUCGACACAUAAGGAAGUUCAGACCCCUGACACAUAAAGUCCCGGCCCCUGACGCAUAAGGAAGUCCCGGCCCCUGACGCAUAAGGAAGUCCCGGCCCCUGACGCAUAAGGUAGUCCCGGCCCCUGACGCAUAAGGUAGUCCCGGCCCCUGACGCAUAAGGAAGUCCCGGCCCCUGACGCAUAAGGAAGUCCCGGCCCCUGACAUAUAAAAUCCCGGCCCCUGGCGCAUAAGGAAGUCCUGGCGCAUAAGGAAGUCCCGGCCCCUGGCGCAUAAGGAAGUUCAGACCCCUGACACAUAUUCCCGGCCCCUGACACAUAAGGAAGUUCAGACCCCUGACACGUAAAAUCCCGGCCCCUGACGCAUAAGGAAGUCCAGACCCCUGACGCAUAAGGAAGUCCCUGACGCAUAAGGAAGUACCUGCCCCUAACGUAUAAGGAAGUCCCUGUCCCUGACGCAUAAGGAAGUCCCUGUCCCUGACGCAUAAGGAAGUCCCGGCCUCUGACGCAUAAGGAAGUUCAGGCCCCUGACACAUAAGUCCUGACGCAUAAAGAAGUCCUGGCCUCUGACGCAUAAGGAAGUUCAGACCCCUGACACAUAAGUCCUGGCCUCUGACGCAUAAGGAAGUCCCGGCCCCUGACGCAUAAGGAAGUCCCGGCCCCUGACGCAUAAGGAAGUCCCGACCCCUGACGCAUAAGUCCCGGCCUCUGACGCAUAAAGAAGUUAGACCCCUGACAUCCUACAGAGCAGAUGGCAUGGAGGACUGGCUGGUCAGUGGGCACUUAAUCACAGGUAGGUGCCAAUAUGUUAGGCAAUGUGCUCACCUCUGCAGUUUGGCACCCUUGUGAUUUUAGAUUUUCUUACCCUUUAAACAAACGUACAGAGCCUCUCUGUAUUAGUUGAGAUGCAAAAUAUACACAGAACAAUGUGCAACCUUGUAGCUUCCCUGUCUCUUAGAUUGUAGCUUGGUUUCUGGGAGUUGCAACAGUCAAACAGUCUCUCUGCCCCAGUUUUUGGGCACCUUGCUGAUAAAGGGCAACCUAAUUGUAAAGUUACUGUUCAGUCCCAAUAUUCUUAGGCCUAUUUAGUCUUUGAUUCUAAAAAGAAUUAGAAAUUAACCACUCACCUGCCAGGGCAUAUCUGCUGUAAUAGGCAUCAAUACACCUGUGUUCUUUCUGGCAGUUUCCCCCAGUUUUCUUUUCUAUGCACUGAAAUCAGGGGAGACCCCAGGGUUAAACAGCUGCCAGUUCUUCCCUUUCAUCAGCAGGUAAUAUCUGAUUUCAGAAUGUAAAGUGCUGCCACUGUUACUACAGCCCUACAAUACAUUUUCUCAAAUAAAAAACAAGUGUGUUGCCAUA